CGUACGAACGUAUCGAGAGUUCAUUCUUCCUGUGCAAGUUCUUUUGUAAAACUACUGAAAUUUAAUCGUUAGAACAGUGCUUCGAUUGUAAGUCUUCGAGUGAAAGAUUCUUGUGCUCAAGUUUUGUUGAGUGAUUUUGAAAAAAUAAACUUGAUUAAGGUGGUUAUGCCGGUGGAAUUGGAAUCGAUGGCGCCUAUCGCUCAUAAAACCAUCUCCCAUAAUGGAGAGAAGAUGAAUAAACUGUGCCGUCAACUCUCGAUCGAGAGCCCAAGCGUGACCGGUCGGGAUUGUGUCUUCAGCUUCGAUGUCCCCGUGCCGGAUGUGCCGGCGCAUGGUGCUCGCAUCCGGGUGAUGUGCGCUGGUGCUUGUUACCAUCCUCGACGAUCACCGAGUCUGACCAGUUUGACCUCGGUCUCGAGUGGCAGUAGCCUGGCCGCCGAUAUAUCCGUAGAGAGUGAUUACCCGGUGUUCAUACCUCAUCACGGGGUACGCGACGCUGCUCUGUUCCCCGGAUACGAAGUGGCUGGCGUAAUCGAAUCAUUUGGCACCGAGGUACCCGAAGACCGUGAACUUGCUGUAGGCGACCGCGUUAUUCUCUACCCCUAUGAUGGCAUUCCCAAUGGUUACGUCGAAUAUCUAGUGGUGUACGACCUCAAGUACCUGAUCAAGCUUCCGGACAAUAUGUCACUUAGCGUGGGGGCUAUGUUGCCAGCCGGCGCACUUCUCGCUAUGAACACCGUCUUCGCUGCACACGAACACGUGCAGGCUUUAUUGAAGGAGAGGGGCGAAAACAGCGUGUGCAAGAUUCUUGUAGUUGGCACAGGUGGUCUUGCCUUGUGGGCCCUCAGGAUCGCAUCGUAUCACUUCAGUAACAUGAGGGACAGAGUUACUACUACAAUAGCCACUCUUAAGGACGAUGGUCUUCUCAUAGCUCAAGAAUUUCAACGGGUGAACGUAGUGCAAUGGAACGAGGAUCUUUAUGAGAAGCAGUUGAUCGAACGCACAAUGGACGCCUGUGGUGGCCAAGUAGACGUGGUAAUCGAUUUCGGCACGACCUCACGCAACCUCCAUCGCAGCAUGCAAUGCCUAAGCAAGGGCGGUGUAGUGUUUGUGAUCAAGGAGGUCGCAGAUCGACUACUGCCCAAGUUUAGCCGACGAGCGGAAGAGCGGCAGCAAUCCAUCAAACCGGUAGAACCGGGUACGUUGGAGCAAUUACGGGAGCUGGUGCAGCUAGUCGCCUCCGGCGACAUCGAGCCGCCUCCACACACCGUGUAUCCCGCCGAGGAAGCUUUGGAUGUCGUCCAAAAGCUUUGUCAUUCGGAGAUCCAGGGCCGUGCGAUUCUCCGCUUUUAUCCCGCGGACUAGAAGAUUUUUUGUUGAAAAAUUUCUCCGCGAUCGCGGAUUAGGCGACAGAUUCGACGACGACGACCGAAAAAGUCCGGAUCCGGCCCGAGUGAUGAGAGUUGUACAGUUGAGAGUUACUACGCGUGUGCGUUUCGAAGUUUCAAUAUGUAGCUGAAAAGGACUAUCGAGUGCAGAAGUAAUUAUAUUGCUUCAUAUUGAGGGCCGGAGAUUAGAUAAAGCGUUGCUACGUGUAUGUCCUGUAGGGCAACAGUUUGCGAAUGAGGGGACUUGACACGACUGCGGGAAUGGUCUUCGUAGAAGUGAUACGUUAAACUCGAAGAGAUUUGACUUAGUGGGUCAAAAAGAUCUCACAAGAUCCACAAAAUUUGACGAUACAUGAAUGAAAGAGUUGACGAAAGAACGUUUUCUCAUUUAUAUAGCUGAUCAAAUAUUAACUGUUAAUUUGACAAAAUUUUGUAGUAGCAAUAGUCGAAAAUUACUUUGCGAAUUGAAUUCAAUGUUAUUGAUCAUUCUUUUUAAUGUUAACAAAACGUGUAAUAUUCGAAGGAAAGUUUUCAUAUAAUAAACGAAUUAUUUUCUGUAAAGAACUUUUUUCGGAAGUUUGCCGAUGAAACGAAAGAGAUUAGGAGAUUAUGCUUAACAUUUCAGGGAUUAUCUCACUUUACGUUCUUCUUGUAGAUAACAAGCAAUUAGUUUUCAUAAAUGGGCAAAGAUAAAAUAAUGUAUGCUUCAAUCUAUCACACGCGCGCCAGAUAACAGCCUAAAUAGCUCGGAAAAAAUGACAUAAAGCUGUUAUGUUAACAAAAAAGGACAUUAUUGUCAAAGAAGCGACGCUCUCUAUUUUCUUUUAUAAUGGAUGUCUAAUAUUUGUCGUUUCUUGGCACAAAGUAAAGUCCAAGAUAACAUUACAAUUUAUGCAUAUUUGUGUUGCCGAAUGCACUAAUGCAGUUAUGAGCAAUUAAUGUAAGAGAAGUAUUCCAUUUCAUAUUCAAGAACUCUUGAAGAAAAACAUGCUGAUUGGCGACACAAAGCGGUACAGUUGCGCGUCUUGUUAACAUGUGAAGCUGUCGUAUUGAAACACGCACGAUGAUAAGAUAAUUUCGAAGUAUGUUGAUUAUUUUUACUAAGAAUUAAUGAAUACCAGUAACUAUAUACAAAAUAGUCAUAUUAACUAUAUACUGUUUUUAAUAUUUAUAUUGUAGUUAAUACGAGUACUUAAAGUCGUCG